AAUAGCCUGGUAUUUGAUGCAUCUUUUGAAUCGGCCAACCUUCUUAGUGCUGUACAGCGAGGUCCAAAAGAGUACGAUCUUUUCCUACGUGCAGAUCUACACACUGAAGGUUUCACACAAUGGUUCUAUUUUGCGGUAACAAACACACACACCCAUGCAGCCUUGGUUACAUUCAAUAUUGUCAAUCUUACAAAGCCAGAUUCGCUUUUCAAUUUGGGAAUGCAGCCUGUGAUGUAUUCGUGCGCGGAGGCAGUCGAAAAUGGUAUCGGCUGGGUGCGAACUGGGACUAGCGUGCAAUACCAGGCAAACCACCCGGUGGAUGCCGGUAUGACUUACUACACAUUGUCGUUCACUCUAGCAUUCUACAGACCGGAUGAUAUUUAUUUGAUCGCGCAUUCGUAUCCGUACACUUAUUCAGAUCACAAAGCCCAUAUCGCAAACCUCUUGAGAUCGUCCCGUAAACGUCGAGUAACAAGGCAUUCGGCAUUGUGUAGGACGCUUGAUAGCCACGAAUGCGAUCUUAUGACAAUCACUAGCAAUGAAAAUGAUCUACGUUCAAAUGAAUGCAAUACAACGUCCAUGCCCUAUUUGACGCGACGAAAGAAGCUCAUCAUUCUUAGUGCACGCGUACAUCCUGGCGAAACCCCCGCCAGUUGGAUGAUGCGCGGGAUUCUCGAAUUCCUCACUGGGGAGUCUAACGAUGCUAAAAUCUUGCGUUCUUUGUUUAUCUUCAAAAUUGUUCCAAUGCUAAAUCCAGAUGGAGUCAUAUACGGCAAUAAUCGAUGCUCUCUUUCUGGAGUCGAUCUCAAUAGGCAAUGGAAGAAACCAACCAAAGCUCUACACCCAACAAUAUAUCAUCUGAAAUCGUUGAUCCGGACUGAGCGCGCACAGCGGGAGGUGGUUUUAUUUUGUGAUCUUCAUGGGCAUUCCCGGAAACAAAACAUUUUCAUGUAUGGUUGCGAUGAUCGCCGAAAACCACGCCCAGCGGUGCGGGUAUUCCCGAAGCUCUUAAGCUGGAAUGAAAUAGGACGCAAGUACGUGAACUUUGCCGACUGUAGCUUCCAUGUCAAGAAAUCAAGAGAAGGAACGGGUCGUGUCGUCGUUGCCCGUGAAAUGUGUAUAUCAAACAGUUUUACUCUGGAAGCAUCUUUCUGUGGAUCAAACUUUGGAGUACUUCAAAACUAUCAUUUUAACAUGGGACAUUUUCAGGAGGCAGGUCGUUCGCUUUGUGGGGCAUUGCUGGAUUACUACCUCCCGAACUCUACUCAG